AUGUACUGCGCAUUCCCGAUGCCGGGCAUGGGCGGCAAGUCCUGGAUGUACUGCUAUAACGGGAAGGCGGUUUAUGCCCCCUCGGCCAGCACCGCCGACUACAACCGGGAUUCUCCCAGUUUCCCAGUCUCCAAGGGGGGAACCAGCACAUUCCCAAGCUCCUUCUUCAUGCAAGAUGGGCACCAUCACGGCAGCGAUCCAUGGAGCUCUUCCAGUGGGAUGAACCAGCCCGGUUAUGGGGGGAUACUGGGAAACUCAUCCCAUAUCCCCCAGUCCAGCAGCUACUGCAGCCUGCAUCCGCAUGAGCGCCUGAGCUUCCCAUCCCAUUCCUCUGGGGACCUCAAUUCCAGUCUCCCCCCGAUGUCCACCUUCCAUCGCGGCACCAGUGGCCACUACAGCACCUCCUCCUGUACCCCACCAGCCAAUGGCAACGACCCCAUUAUGGCCACCAGAGGAACUGGGGCAACCGGAAGCUCCCAAACUGGGGAUGCCCUUGGGAAAGCGCUCGCAUCC